ACAGCCACCGUCCCUCUCACAGCCACAUAAGCCAUUCCCAAAAACCCACGCUUCACCACAAUGUCGACCGACCUCGAAUGGCUCCUCGUCCGCAAGGGAAACGCGUACACGGUGAAGCGCGGCGCUGAAGUCGGUGUCACCUUCUCCAAGGAGCCCGCUAACUUGCGUAACAUCCACUCGCACAAAUACUCCGGUCUCGCCAACGCCAAAACUAUUGCGAUCACCGACUCCGGCAACGGGAUUGAGAUCGUUUCGCGGAAGCAGAAGGCCGCACCUGGCGCUGUCGCCAAGGCCUUGUCGAAGGAUGUCAUCCGCCCGCGGUCUGGCUCGCGCCGCGCCGCAGGUAUCGUGGCUCUGAUCGCGGCCAAGAAGGCUGGCCGACCAGAUCUCCGCACCGCUGCGCUCGCCCGUGUAUCUGCACUGCUUGCGGCCCAGAAGGAGCCCAAGGUGUACCCGGCGAAGAAGUCCCGGUCGAAGAAAUCAAAAGCUGCCCCUGCCGCCAGCGCCCCUCGCAAGGCCAAGGCCGGCGGAAAUGAGGAUGAGGAACUGCCCGACCUUGUGUAAACUGUACCAGUGCGGCUGCAGUUGUGGACGUGGUCUAUGUGUUUUCGCUAUGUUGCCUGUAAUCAUCAUGUCUCUAUGCGAACGAGUGAUUUUUGAGCAGCCUGUGACUCGCGCCUAAACUCUCAUUCUGGAUGAGUC